CGUGUUUAUGGUCCCAGAAAUAUAAGAACCCUCUUCUGCUACCUCGAGGUUUUAGCCUAGGAACGGUCUUCACCCACUUUCAGCCGCAUCACUUACUGGAAUCGCGCAUUCCUUGCGAUCAAGAUGGCCUUGGUGGCAAAUGAGGAUUUCCAGCACAUACUUCGUGUUUUGAACACGAACGUAGAUGGGAAGCAGAAGAUAAUGUUCGCCCUUACCUCAAUUAAAGGUAUAGGGAGACGAUUUGCUAACAUGGCGUGUAAGAAGGCCGAUGUUGACAUGAACAAAAGAGCUGGGGAGCUGAGUGCCGCUGAGUUGGAUAACCUCAUGACUGUGGUUGCCAAUCCCCGGCAAUUCAAGAUUCCAGACUGGUUUUUAAACAGGAAGAAGGACUACAAGGAUGGGAAGUAUUCUCAGGUAGUGUCCAAUGCAUUGGAUAUGAAGUUGAGGGAUGACUUGGAGAGACUCAAGAAGAUCAGAAACCAUCGGGGGUUGAGACACUACUGGGGUCUUCGUGUACGUGGCCAGCAUACCAAGACUACUGGUCGUAGGGGUAAAACUGUUGGUGUCUCUAAGAAGCGCUGAGCUUAAAGCUCUCCCUUAUUCUGUUUUUUGAACAAUGGGAUAUAUUAUUUGUUAAAGUCAACCAUUUUAUUUUGAGAAUGCAUUUGGAUUUUGUUGCAUUUGAAUUUUAACUGUGAUUGGGUUGGUUGUUCUUUUAUUUCCUUAUGAAUCUUGUUUAUUUUUGCCCCCGCUUUGUCCUAUUUGAAGGCGGACGCCAUGUGCAUUUCCCUUAAAAUAUGGCUUAAUAUUGAGCAAGAUUAA